GAGGUAAAGGCACCUCUUUCACAUGAACAACAAUAGCAAGAUCGUUAAAUAGAUCCCGACCCCAAUUCCCGCCCUCCGUUCGACCAAAAUGCCCCUUCGCCACCCCUUGCAUCGCCCCACCGCCAUCUCCCCCUCCUCCGUCCUCCUUUUGCGCCGCACCUUUUCGCUUCUCCAUGCGUUCGCCGAUCCCUACUCCCUCUCCGCGGCCCUCCGCGCCUGCUCCGCCGCCUCCCUCCUCCGCCCCGGGCAGCAAGCCCAUGCCCUCGCCCUUACCUCCUCCCUCGCCAGCAACCCCCUCGUUGCCGCGCGCCUCGUCGACAUGUACUCCGCUUGCCACCGUCUCGCCGCCGCUGCCCUCGUCUUCGACUCUGCCGAGCCCUCGGCCCUAUCCAAUCGCGUCCUCUGGUCCACUCUUAUCGUGGGUCUCGUCCAGAACGGCGACGCCCGCAGCGCCAUGGAGCGGUUCCGCAGCAUGCGGGCGGGGGCCGUCGAGACCAACCAUUUCACUCUUCCGACCGUCCUCUCUGCCUGCGCUUCCGAGAGAGCGAUUCGCUUCGGCCGCCAGGUUCACGGCUGUGCAGUCCGGGCCGGCUUCUGCUCCAGUCCCUUCGUCCAGAGCUCGCUUGUUAGCCUCUACUCCAACUGCGCCGACCUCGGCAGCGCCAAGCGGGUCCUCGAGUCAUCGGACUCGGACGACCCGAUCUCGUGGAACGCCCUGAUCGUUAACUGUACGCGUGGCUCGUUGCACGCGGAUGCACUAUCCUUGUUCGCCGAAAUGCACCGCCGGGGCCUCGCGUUGGACGAGUUCACCUACCCCUCCGCCCUGAAUUCCGCCGCCUACAUGGGCGACUUGGGCACCGGCGGAUGCAUCCACUGCCUAGUCCUACUGAGCGGCUUCGAUUCCCAUAUGCACGUGGCGAACGCCUUGGUGGACAUGUACGGCAAGCUGGGGAGCCUCAACUGCGCCCAAGGAGUGUUCGACCGAAUGCCAAGGAGGGACGUUGUGACGUGGACCUCACUGCUCGUGGGCCUCGUCCGCCAGGGGUCGCACGACGUGGCCCUCCAACUUUACUCCGAUAUGCGCGCCCAUGGGGUCGAUCCGGACGAGUUCGCCACGGCAGGGGUGCUGAGUUCCUGCGCGGGUUCGACCGCUCUUGAGCUGGGCCGGCAGGUGCACGCCGCGAGCGCACGCCGCGGCAUCGACACGUUCCUCUCGGUUUCCAACUCGUUGAUCAGCAUGUACGCCAGGAGCGGGUCCAUCAACGAUGCCUGCGCGGUGUUCGACGCCUCGCCCCGCCGCGAUGCCAUCACGUGGACCGCUCUGAUCGUGGGAUGCGCCCAGAAUGGGCGGGGCAGGGAUUCCCUCCGUCUCUACGACGAGAUGCUCGAGGCCGGGGUCCGGCCGGACUACGUGACCUUCAUCGGAUUGUUAUUCUCGUGCAGCCACGCCGGUCUGGUCGAGCCCGGUCGAGCUCAUUUCGAAUCGAUGGAGAAGGUCUACGGUAUAGCCCCCGGGCCGGAGCACUACGCGUGCAUGAUCGAUCUGCUGGGCCGGUCCGGGCGGGUGGAGGAGGCGGUCGAUCUGCUGGAGGGGAUGAGCGGCAAACCGGAUGCGACGGUGUGGAAGGCACUACUGGCGGCGUGUCGGGUGCACCGGAAUGCGGGGCUAGCGGAGCGAGCGGCGGAGCGGCUCUUCGAGCUGGCACCGGCGGACGCAGUGCCGUACGUGAUGCUUUCGAACGUGUACUCUGCGGCGGGGCGGUGGGGCGACGUGGCACGGGUCAGGUCUCUGAUGAGGGCUCGUGGGGUGAGCAAGGAGCCCGGGCGGAGCUGGAUGGAGCAGGACGGAGCCGUGCACGUGUUUCGGGCGGGGGAGCGGGAGCACGAGCGGGCUGCAGAGAUCUUCGCCAAGGUGAAGGAGAUGAUGCAGAGGAUAGAAGAGGAGGGGCACACAGCGGACACGGGGUUCGCCCUGCAUGACGAAGGGGAGGAGGAGAAGGCCGCUGAGCUAGCGCACCACAGUGAGAGGCUGGCCGUGGCCUGGGCUCUCAUCAGUGUCCCACGAGGGAAGCCCAUCCGGGUGUACAAGAACCUCCGGGUGUGCGGCGACUGCCACACGACCCUCAAGCUGGUCGCCAAGGUGUACGAGAGGACCAUCGUGCUGAGAGAUGCCAAUUGCUUCCACCAUAUGAGGGAAGGCUUCUGCUCUUGUGGCGACUAUUGGUGAUCGGUUUAUCCCUUCUGCACGACAAUAAGGAAGAACGUGGGAUCAUCCGUAGAUGGGCUUCAAUGCAUGGCACUGGUGUUUCUGCUGAAGCAUGACUGUUCUACUGGAGAUACCAUCAGUCCCGCGGAUCACUCCACCCGCAGUUUGCAAGUCCAAAAGGGCGGCGGAUCAGCAAAUGCAACUUUGACGAGGGACAUGCUAAGUGGAGUUAUUUGAAAGAUGCUCAAGAAAAAUCAGAUGUGAGCUUACCAAGAGAAACUGGUCAUUUUGCUGCAGCUUUAUCACCAGAUUAGCAAAGUACUAGUGACUGAUGCCUAGAGCAUGAAAUGGAUGGACCACCUGCAAUGUUUAACUAUUUCAGCUAUCUCUUGAUACCGUGGAAGACUCAAAAGAGACUAAGAAAUCAGUUUGGUCCUCCAAGUGGUUCUUCAAUUCUACUUGUGAGUUGAAUUGUAGGUUUGUUGUUAGAUCAGGAAAAGCUUUAACAAUAAAAAAUAGCAUGAUAUAAGUCUUACAGUUCCAGUAUCUAAGUAAGCAUAGUCCUCAGCAUGAUUAAAACAUAAGAUUGAUUGACCAAAUAAUGCAGUAAUAUCUCCAUGUAAAUAUAGAGUGUUACCAUCCAAGAUUGGAAUAUAGAAUCCUUCAAUAAUAAAGUAUUGACACAGCAAACAAUACCCAAAAUUGUAAAUAAUUGAUUAGUAAUGACAACUUACAUAUAUUUUUAAUAGUUUAACAUAAAUGAAAUAGCAAAUCAAG